ACUUGUUUGCAGGUCUCGCUUGACUGAGCGAAAUGGUGAACAAAGCUUCGGAGGCUUCGGUUUAAAAUGCGCUUUUCAGUGCCGUUCGAGCGGUUAUGGAUAUAAAGGAGCGACAUGACGGUGUAUGUGAACGCGUCCUUCUACUCCCUGCGUGUGUUUUUAAACAUUCACUUUCUUUUUCUGAGGAAAACACUACAAGUGUGAGGAUGGCAAACGAGAGAUGAAAACCAUGAAGCCCACAAGGAACCUGAUUCUGGUACUGUGUCCCAUGCUGGUGCUGGGCUUCCUCUACUAUUCAUCCAGUAGACUGCACCUGCACUCAUGGACCCAAAAACAACAGAUGGACGUGGUCAGCUUGAUCUCCGCUGGACGUAUAGUAUCCUCAGUGUAUGACAAGCAAGGGUUCCUCAUCAAGCCUGAUGGAAAACUGUCGUUGGAGUUGAAGUAUAAAUACAGCAACAUGAGUAAAGGAGAAUGUAAACCUGGCUACACCGAGGCCAAGAUGAUCUCCAUCUAUCCAAAGUUUAGGAGACCGGAGCCAAUGUUCCUCAGUCAAAACAUGUCUUACUCAAAGAUCCGUUCUUACCCCCCACCCUUCGGUAUAAAAACACCAGACACACAAAGGCAUAUUAAGGAGAUUUUGGCUGAGACAAAGAGCUAUGGACUGCAGGAGCAACUGGAAAGUUUGAGCUGUAGGAAGUGUAUCAUCAUCGGUAAUGGAGGAAUCAUCUCCAACAAGUCACUGGGCUCCAAGAUUGAUACAUUUGAUGUGGUUAUAAGGCUGAACGAGGCUCCAGUGAAGGGUUUCGAGAAGGACGUGGGUACUAAGACCACCAUGCGCAUCACGUACCCAGAGGGAGCCAUCCAGAAGAGCAGUCUGUACGAACAGAGCUCGCUGUUUGUCUUCUCAGGCUUCAAACCGCUCGACUUUAAAUGGCUCAGACACAUCGUCUUCAAGAAUAAUCUGACAACACAAGUUCCAGUGCAAAUCGCUAGGAGGGGUACGGAGGGAUUCUGGAAGUCGGUGGCGCGAGAAGUGCCCAGGCAAGCAGCAGACAUCAGGAUCCUGAACCCAUAUUUCAUUCAGGAAGCGGCCUUCCAGUUCAUCGGCCUGCCAAUCAACAACUACCUGAUGGGACGAGGGAAUAUUCCAACUCUGGGGACGGUGGCAAUCACAAUGGCGCUGCAUAAUUGUGACGAGGUGGCAGUAGCCGGGUUCGGAUAUGACAUGAGUAACCCUCACGCUCUCCUACAUUACUACGAGAAGCUGAAGAUGUCCGCCAUCAAAGAUUCAUGGACACACAACAUAGCAAAAGAAAAGGAGUUUUUGAAGAAGCUGGUGAGUGCUGGUGUCAUUCAGGAUCUGACCAAUGGGAUCUGAGACCCUCGAACACUCCAGUGCAAAUCAGAAACCCGCCAGUGCUGACUUGUACCUGCCUUACCUUCUGUGUGGACGUCUGGUCUCUGCCCAGCUGCUUCUUCAUCCUGGUUGAUGGGUGAUCUUAGCAUUAAAGCUGUUGGAAGAACGCCGGGACAGUAGAACAUGUCUGAUAUCUGAGGAACAUUAAAGUUUGGACUGAACGAAGCAGCAGACGUGAUAUCAUCUGUUUUAUUUUCUUUAUUUGCACACAGUACGAAGGCUUGCUGGACUUUACUGAUAUUGUUUAGAUUUCAGAACCAUAAAAAGACUUUUCUGCUCUGAGAGGCAGAAUUUGUAGAAAGAGAAAACUGUUCUGUGCCAAAUGUUUCAUUUUCGGAUGGUGCGCUUAGAUUUUGCCUCUUACCUUGCAGGAGAGCCCGUCCAUCAUUCUCAUCUGAAAUCGUUUGUGUUUGUGUGAUUUUAGUCAUUUAGUCCUCCUUUCCUUUUAGCAGAUCUGUUUUAAAAGUGAAGGAGCUGCUUCUUUGUUUAUAUUUUGUAUUUUGGUGUAUUGUGGUGGGAUUUUAGGUACAAACCACAGUAUCACCACCACCACUGACUGAGCCCUUACACAUCUACAUUAAUGCAGUGAAAUCAGUUAGCAACAACGUUAAAGUUUGGUACAAGCUACAUUUUUAUAAAUCACUUUAUUUUCAGAAAAGUUGGGGCAUUUUGUAAAAUGCAAAAAAAAAAAAAAAAAAAUUUCUCUUGAAUCUUUGCUUCCCGAAAGUAGAAAAAAAAUUCCAGUAUUUUCUAAAUAACACAAUUGUAUUUUGUAAAUAUAAACAUGUUUAGUAUUUGAUACCUGCAAAAGCUCUGGCCCAAAGAACUCGGUGGCGUUUCUUCAUAGAGUUAACGUGUGGCUUUCUCUUUGUGUAAUAGAGUUUCAGGUUGCAUUUCGUGAUGCAGCAACGGCUGUGUUAAGUGACAACAGUUUUCUGAAGUGCUGCCGAGCCCAUUUCACUGUAUUUAUCACAGUAGAGUAAGAGUUUCUCAUUUACAUUUUCGGUAUUUAUCAGACGCCUUUAUCCAAAGCGACUUACAGUACUGUGACAGUGUACAGUCUGAGCCAUUGAGGGUUAAGGACCUUGCUGAAGGGCCCAACAGCAGCAACCUGGCAGCAGUGGGGCUUGAACCAGCAACCUUUUGAUUAUUAGUCCAGUACCUUAAUCGUUAGGCUCCAACUGUCCUCAAUGCCUUCUGAGGGCUGGAAGGUCGAACACAUUUAACAGUGGCUUUUGGACUUGCCUUACACGGACUGAGAUUUCCGCUGAUUUCUGAGGAAAUUUUUUAUAGUAUUAUGAAUCGGAGCUGAUAAAAGACUUGAAUUACUUGCAAUCCUGCACUGGGAAACAAAAUUGUUCUCUCAGAGAACACAGUUUGGUACAUAAUGGUGUGGUUUUUUUUUUGCAUUUUACUAAACAUCCCAACUUUACUUGUAAUAGGGUUUCUGUUAGAUGUACAUAAUUUUCCUCUAAUGCCUACAGGACACUAAACGGCGUUUGGCCGGAUUAUCCAGUAACCGACUCAUUUUCCCCUUGUGUGUAGGAUACACCGCCCGGUUUCUCUGAUCAGCGGUCAGUCAUGUAGUGGCUCAGCUAAGUAACUAGUUACAAGCCCUACAAUUACAAACAGACAAUGAGAGCGCAAGAGAACUGAUAAUGUGGAUAUAAAAAACCCAAAAGCAUCACAGGGUCCAUGAAACAGUUUACACUGAUCAACCAUAACAUUAAAACCACCUCCUUGUUUCUACACUCACUGUCCAUUUUAUCAGCUCCACUUACCAUAUAGAAGCACUUUGUAGCUCUACAAUUGAUUGAUUGAUUGAUUGAUUUGAUUGAUUGAGUACUUUAUUAAUCCCCGAAGGGAAAUUAUGGUGUCGCAGCAGCAAUAACAAUUAUAAACAAGUAAGAUAUAAAAUCUAAAAAUAUACAUAUAUGAAGAAAAUAAAAUAAAAUAAAAUAAAAAUAAAAAUAUAAUAACAUAAAAAAUAAUAAUAUAAUAUAAAAACAUCUAACAGGACAAGAACAAAAGAAACUAAAAGGGAGGGGGGCUGAAGGUGCAGUUACAGACGUUGUGCAAUUUGAAAUUUUUAAAUAAAAACUAAAAACAGUACCCUGUGCAAA